AUUCCCCCACCCUCUCCCUCUCCGCCCGCUUCGGUUUUCCCUCCUCUCUCCGGCGAGCGCCGCCUUCUCACCACCGGCCGCCAUGAGAUCUCCGGCCGCCGCGGAGUUCUCCGACGCGCUGCCAUCUCCGACCUCUCCCGCCGCGACGCCAUCCCACCCCAGCUCCGGCCGCCACUUCUACCUCGCCGUCGACCGCCUCCAGUUCAAGAUGAGGACGCUCUUGGAGCUCCUCGGCGUCGUCGCCGACCGCCGCGGCGCGCUGCCGAUCGCCGUCGGCGUCUCCUCCCGCGACGAGCUCGAUCUCGUCUGCGCCGACGUCGCCAGCCUCCCCUUCGUGUCAUUGUCGCCGCUGUACAGCGAUCAGGCUGAAUCAGAGCGAGCAUCUGUUCUUGACAAGUUCCGGCAAGCAACAAUCCAAUGGAAUCAUACAAAAGCUGCUGCUGCUGAUAUUGCGGAUAGUCCCAAGACUGAAAGUGCAGAUUCAAAACUAACCAUCGUAGUAGCAACAGAUGCCUGCUUGCCCCAGGCAACACUAGGAGAGGCUCCCCUUAUGGCUCGCGUGCUAAUAAACUAUGAGCUUCCCACGAAGAAGGAAGCUUACUUCAGACGUAUGUCUACAUGCUUGGCAGCAGAUGGAAUCGUGAUUAACAUGGUUGUUGGUGGCGAGGUAGCCACUCUCAAGGCUCUAGAAGAAACCAGUGGUCUGCUUAUUGCGGAGAUGCCAAUACAUGUUUCGGAGAUAUUAUGACUGUCUCAAUUGAAUGGCAUUCAGUAGUUAUUUCCUUAGGAACUAACUACUCAAGUGAUCAAAGGUUAUACUUUGUGACUUCUAUUUGUGAAUUGCUUAGAACACAGUAGAAAACAGGACUCAGUGAAAAUAAAGAGGGGACUCCUAUGGUUUCUCAAUGCCUUGAUACUUUCAAUACUGGACCAUAGCAGUUUACUAUAAUUUUCCUAUUGUAGCCUGAUUUGUAAUACCAUGGAGUCCUCUACCAAAUGCUUUCAAACACUACAGCAGGUUAUUUGGUAAUAUGACGUACAAAUGAUUUUUGAAAACUUCCA